CAGUGGGAGAAGAGCCAGCCAGGAGGCAGGGGGGAGGCUCUGUGGUCUUGGGGCUCCAGGAGCCCCAAGGUUCAGCCCCAACUCCAUGCCACCCCAGCCCCUGGGCAGAGCCUUCUGGGUCAGCAAAGAGGGGGCUGCCGUGUGCUCUCUGAGCCACUGUGGGCUCAGGGCAGGGCUCGGGCUGUCCUCUGGGCCCCCUCCCUCUGGUGGGCCUGAUCCCCCGUUCCCCGCUUCUCCAGAGGCAGAGGCACUGGCUCCGUUAGGUGGGGGUGUCCCUGCUGUGUGGGGGGCUGCUCAUGCACACAGCCCGGCAGCCCCCAGGACUGCCUGGCACGCCCCUGGUCUCCCACCUCCUCCACCGUGGGGCCUCACUUCCGGUGCUGGGGUGAGGAGCCGAGGCCACCGAUAAGCAGAGCUGUUUCCUCUGGGGCAGGAAGGGAGGGCGGGGGCCGGGGUCGGAGGACUCUCAGCACCCAUGGACCUCAGCGACAGUGGGCCAGGGGGCCAGGAGGCCGGACCCCCAGGAGGCCUGCUGCAGCAACAGGCCAGGCCUGGGAGGACACCUCGUCUCCACUUGCUCCCCAGAUGGAGCCUGCAUCGCACUCCUUCUCCUCCGAGGAGCGGACGCUGCUCUACGAGGAAGCGCUGUACACCAUCCUGCACCGCCUGGGGCAGCCCGAGCCGGGCCACGUGAGGGAGGCGUCCGAGCUGCUGCGCUACCUGCAGGAGGCCUUCCACAUGGAGCCCGGGGAGCACCAGCAGCUGCUGCAGCGGGUCCAGGACCUCGAGAAGCCAACAUUUUGUCUGAAGGCCACGGUGAAGCAGGCCAAGGGCAUUCUGGGCAAGGAUGUCAGUGGCUUCAGCGACCCCUACUGCCUGCUGGGCGUGGAGCAGGGGCUGGGCGCGCCGGGGGGCAGCCCCGGCUCUCGGCGCAGGCAGAAGGCCGUGGUGAGGCACGCCAUCCCCGAGGAGCAGACGCACCGCACCCAGGUCAUCACCCAGACGCUCAACCCGGUCUGGGACGAGACCUUCAUCCUGGAGUUUGAGGACAUAAGCAAGGCCAGCUUUCAUCUGGACAUGUGGGACAUGGACGCCGUGGAGUCCAUGAGACAGAAGCUUGGCGAGCUCACGGACCUGCACGGGCUGCGAAGGAUCUUCAAGGAAGCCCGAAAGGACAGAGGUCAGGAUGACUUCCUGGGGAAUGUGGUUCUGAGGCUGCAGGACCUGCACUGCCGAGAAGACCAGUGGUACCCCCUGGAGCCCUGCACGGAGACCUACCCGGACCGGGGCCAGUGCCACCUCCAGUUCCAGCUCAUUCACAAGCGGAGAGCCACCGCGGCCAGCCGGUCCCAGCCCAGCUACACUGUGCACCUCCACCUUCUGCAGCAGCUCGUGUCGCACGAGGUCACCCGGCACCAGGCAGGCAGCACCUCUUGGGAUGGGUCGCUGAGUCCCCAGGCUGCCACCAUCCUCUUCCUGCACGCCACACAGAAGGACCUGUCCGACUUCCACCAGUCCUUGGCGCAGUGGCUGGCCUACAGCCGCCUCUACCAGAGCCUGGAGUUCCCCAGCAGCUGCCUCCUGCACCCCAUCACCAGCAUCGAAUACCAGUGGAUCCAGGGCCGGCUCAGGGCAGAGCAGCUGGAGGAGCUGGCCUCCUCGUUCAGCUCCCUGCUGGCCUACGGCCUCUCCCUCAUCCGGAAGUUCCGGUCGGUCUUCCCCCUGUCCGUCUCCGACUCCCCGGCCCGGCUGCAGUCUCUGCUCAGGGUGCUGGUGCAGAUGUGUAAGACAAAGGCCUUUGGAGAACUGUGCCUGGACAGCCCCCCGCUGCCUCAGCUGGUGAAGGAGGCCCUUCGGACAGGCACUGUCGAGUGGUUCCACCGGAAGCAGCAGCACCACCAGCCCAUGGUGCAGGGGGUGCUGGAGGCGGGCAAGGCCUUGCUGAGCCUGGUGCAGGAUGUCAUCGGGGACCUGCACCAGUGCCAGCGCACCUGGAGCAAGAUCUUCCACGGCGUCCUCAAGAUCGACCUCUUCUCCACGGCCUUCUUGGAGCUGCAGUGGCUGGUGGCCAAGCGGGCGCAGGACCACACGGCGGCCGUGUGCAGCCCUGUGUCCCCAGAGGUGGGCGAGAGCCUGUUCCAGCUCUACGUCAGCCUCAAGGAGCUCUGCCAGCUGGGCCCACCGCCCUCGGAGAGGGACGGAGUCCUGGCCCUGGAUGGCUUCCACCGCUGGUUCCAGCCAGCCAUCCCUGCCUGGCUGCAGAAGACAUACAACGUGGCCCUGGAGCGUGUGCAGCGGGCUGUGCAGAUGGACCAGCUGGUGCCCCUGGGUGAACUGACCAAGCACAGCACGUCGGCCGUGGAUCUGUCCACCUGCUUCGCCCAGAUCAGCCACACCGCCCGGCAGCUGGACUGGCCAGACCCGGAGGAGGCUUUCAUGAUCACUGUCAAGUUUGUGGAGGAUACCUGCCGGCUGGCCCUGGUGUACUGCAGCCUCAUCAAGGCCCGAGCCCGUGAGCUCUCUGCAGGCCAGAAGGACCAGGGCCAGGCAGCCGACAUGCUGUGUGUGGUGGUGAACGACAUGGAGCAGCUGCGGCUGGUGGUCGGCAGGCUGCCCGCCCAGCUGGCCUGGGAGGCCCUGGAGCAGCGGGUGGGGGCCGCGCUGGAGCAGGGGCAGCUGCAGAACACGCUGCACGCCCAGCUGCAGGGCGCGCUGGCUGGGCUGGGCCACGAGAUCCGCACCGGCGUCCGCACCCUGGCAGAGCAGCUGGAGGUUGGCAUUGCCAAGCACAUUCAGAAACUCGUGGGCGUCCGGGAGUCUGUCCCGCCUGAAGAUGCCAUUCUGCCACUGAUGAAGUUCCUGGAGGUGAAACUCUGCUACAUGAACACCAACUUGGUGCAGGAGAACUUCAGCAGCCUUCUGAGCCUGCUCUGGACUCACACCCUCGCCGUGCUGGUGGACGCAGCCGCUGCCCAGCGCACCUCCCCGCUGGCUUCCAGCAGGCUGAAGACUGCUCUGCAGAACCUGGAGAUCUGCUUUCACGCCGAAGGCUGCGGCCUGCCGCCAGCGGCCCUGCACACCACCACCUUCCAGGCUCUGCAGAGGGACCUGGAGCUGCAGGCGGCCUCCAGCCGGGAGCUCAUCCAGAGGUACUUUCGCGGCCGCCUCCGGCAGCAGGCGGAAACCACCUCGGAGGACCUGGGGGCUGUCACGGUCAAGGCCUCCUACCGCGUCUCGGAGCAGAAGCUUCGCGUGGAGCUGCUCAGCGCCUCCAGCCUGCUGCCCCUGGACUCCAAUGGCUCCAGUGACCCCUUCGUCCAGCUGACCUUGGAGCCCAGGCACGAGUUCCCUGGGCUGGCGCCCCGAGAGACGCAGAAACACAGGAAGGACCUUCACCCCCUGUUUGACGAGACCUUUGAGUUCCUGGUGCCCGCCGAGCCAUGCCGGAGGGAUGGGGCGUGCCUGCUGCUCACCGUGCUGGACCACGACACGCUGGGUGCCGACGACCUGGAAGGGGAGGCCUUCCUGCCACUCUGCUCCGUGCCUGGUCUGAGCAGCUCUGAGGAGGCUGGCGAGGUGCCUCAGACCCGCCUGCCCCUCACGUACCCCGAACCCACUGGGGAUCCAAUCCUGCAGCUGCUGGAGAGCCGGAGGGGUGACCGCGAGGCCCAGGUCUUUGUGCGGCUGCGGCGGCUGAGAGCCAAGCAGGCUUCCCAGCACCCCCCUCGGCCAGGGCGGUAGUGGCGGAGGUGCCUGUGGACUUCCCUGCACCGUCUGGGGCUGCCUGGCCUCACGGCGAUGGGGGGCACCGUCUGCUGGGUUCCCACUCCCUCCUACUUCAGCCCGGCACAGAGAGGGGGAGGGCACCUCCUGCCCCCUCUCCUCUCGGAAAAGGCGGUUCGGCGGGGCGGGGUCGGCUAGCCUGUCUCAGCGCCUGGUGCCAGGGCUGCAGACGCCUUCUGGCUCUGGUGUGGCCUCCAACCGACAGCAGGGCUGGUAUGGGGUGAGACGGGCAGAAAGGACACAGGACAGUCUAUGCUGAGAACACUGGGGACAGGACCUGUCACCUAGAACCCUUCUUAACAGAAAUAAAUGUUCCAGUCAUCUCACAAAAUACGCUUUUGGCCUACACUGGGGCCCAGAAGGCUGCUCCGGUCACGACAUCUCCCCCAGCCCGGAGACCCAGAGCUGCCGCACUCAACAAGGCAGGAGGGGCUGUGAGGCUGCGUGACGGGCAGUCCGGUGUUCUGGCCACGGCUCGGCUCGGACAGAUCACCUCCCAGCCGUCAGGGGCCGGCUGCCGCUCGGGAUGGGGCCUCCCAGGAGUGUGGGCCGAGGAGCUGGGUCUUGGCCCUGACUGGUGAGGGACACUUGGGCACUCGCGUCCUAGCUGUGUGACUCAGCCGUGGCGGUGCACGGUGGAAGCGGGGGCCAGGUGCGUGGACUGGGCAGGGACUCCCCAGGCCCUUCCUCACCCCCUUUCCGUGCUGGGCCUGGGCCCUCCUCCCUCAGGGGCAAACCAUCCCCACGGGAAGAACCAUUUCUUCUGCACAACGAGGGGCCCUACUGCCUUUCUGAAAACAAGAACAAACCAGCCACCACGGACAGAGCCCGGAGGCCUGGGGGUCUCCAGUGUCCCAGGCUGACUUCCCAGCAGGCCCAGGUCAGAGGGCGCUAAAGCCACCUAGGGCCUGGGUGGGUC